UGAUGUUGAGUUGUUGACUUAUGUGUUUUCAGGUGAAGCAUCACCAUGAGUGUGAUAGCUCGAGGAACAACGAAAUCUGUGAAGAUAAUUUAUCCUUCUGGUUGUAAGGAAGUCACAGAGGAGCUUGGUAAAGAUGAACUUGUUAGAAGACUAAAGUUGAUAGCGAGAGCCUUCCAGGAUAUGGGCCAGGAUGACAACGAUCAGUAUACAGGUCUUGCUCUACAUCUAGCCACAGAUUUCUUCCUGGAACACCAUAACAAGGAUGUGCGACUUCUUGUAGCUUGUUGUAUUGCUGAUGUCUUCAGGAUAUUUGCUCCAGAGGCACCCUUCAGAGAUGCCGCACAUUUAAAGGAUAUUUUCAUGUUUCUCAUCAAACAGUUGCGAGGUUUAGAAGACCCAAAUUCACCUACUUUCAAGCGUUACUUCUACCUUCUGGAGAAUUUAGCAUGGGUGAAAUCUUUCAACAUUUGUAUAGAGCUAGAUGACAAUCAGGAAAUCUUCUGCAGUCUUUUCAAACUGAUGUUUUCUGUGAUCAAUGAAAAACAUACUACAAAAGUAAAGAAUUUUAUGUUGGACAUGAUGUCACCACUGUUAACAGAAGCUGAUGUUGUAUCCCAGGAACUAUUAGAUAUACUUCUUAUCAAUGUUGUGGAGCCACAGAAGAGUCAAAACAAGCAGACAUAUGGCCUUGCCAAAGAUCUUCUUAUCAAAACAUCAAAUGCUAUAGAACCAUAUGUACAAAAUUUUUUCAACAACGCCUUGAUGCUGGGUAAGACAUCAGAGAGUGAACUGUCUGAACAUCUAUAUGACCUGAUCUAUGAGCUGAAUGCUAUCUGUCCGUCUGUAUUGUUAGCUGUACUUCCUCAACUAGAGUUUAAACUAAAGAGUAAUGAGGAGACCGAACGGAAACAGGUGACUAAAAUAUUAUCAAAGAUGUUCUCCGAUCCUGAAUCAAAUCUAGCUGACCAGAAUAAAGCACUGUGGAUCUGUUUUCUGGGCAGGUUUAAUGACAUCAGUAUUACUGUGAGGACGAUUUGUGUGCAAUCAGCUGUCAGCUUUGUUUUACAUCAUCCAGAACUUACUAAAGAUGUCAUCGAACAAGUAAAGAUUCGCCAGCAUGAUGCUGAGGAGACUGUAAGACAGGAGGUAGUGAAUACACUUCUAAAUAUUGCCAAGAAAAACUUUGCUGCAACUACACCAGAAAUGCUGGAAGUUAUUAAGGAGAGAACAAGGGAUAAAAAGUUCAAAAUAAGACGAGAUGCUUUGAAUGGUUUGGGUCAAUUGUACAAGGUUGUUACAAUGGCUGAAAGUGUCAGCCAAGAACAUCUAGACAAGAUUGUUUGGGUGAAAAAUAAAAUUUUCCAUGCAUACUACCAGCAGAACCCAGAGGACAGGUUACUGGUAGAGAGGUUAUUCAAUAUAUGCCUGGUACCGUAUCAGUUACCUGUAACAGAGAGGAUGAAACGACUGUUCCAGCUAUAUGCUACGCUAGAUGAACCAGCAACAAAAGCAUUCCAUGAAAUGAUGAAGCACAGACAUAUGGUCCGAACAUGUGUAAAGUUUCUACUAGAUGGACUUGAUAAAAUGACUGCAAAUCCCAGAGAACAUGUGGUCUUCUUACCUAAACUACAACGAAAUAGAACAUUACCAGACACACAGAAAUCAUUAGAGCAGGUGAAACUGUUUAAUGAGAUGAUGAGAGAUGAUCGUAGGCUGCGUUCUCUAAUGAGAUAUCUAGUUAGUGCUGACUGUAACUGUCGUAAAGCCAAUGAAAAUGUUAAAGAUGUGUUGAAUAAGAAGCUAGGGGGAGGUAAUGUGGGUAGCAGUCAAUCUGCCGUUAUGCUUUACAACACGAUAAAAUCGCUACUUGAACGUGUAGCCCCAGUCAUGGUGGACAGUAGUGCAAUAUCUGUUCUAGUCAAACAUGUUGAUGAUGCUGUUACAGGACAGGGAACUAUUGCCGAUCAUAUGAGUAAAGCUGGAGAAAAAGGGGCACAACUCUUGCUGUGUUUGGCGGGUGUUUUCCCUCAGUAUUUCCAAGGGGAAGAAACUUUUGACACUCUCAUAUCAUUCCUGAAAGAUGAAGAUGAAGUUGUGGCUGAUGUUACUCUUCAAGUGUUUGCUAGCUGUGGUUUGAGUCUUGAAGCUGAAUAUCCAGAAAUCUUUGCGAAAUUAUUGCCUAUUCUACAACACACGGCAAAGAUAGGAAACCCGAAACAAGCUAAACAUGCGUUACGGUGCAUCAAUAGUAUUGCCAAAACUAACAGAGUGUCUGCACUAUCACAAGUCUUUGAGUAUGUAAAAAACAACUUAAAACCAGAAUCAGCAAAUUAUAUCACAUCCAUUGUUGCACUGGGACAUAUAUCAUCCAUGUGCCCGGAAGAUUUCUCACAGAGCAUGAAAACAAUUGUUUCCAAGGACAUUGUUAAAGAUCUUCUCAUGCAGGAUAGG